AUGCUACAAGAAAUUCAACUCGUUCAAGGUCAGACGAACUACGUAGUCGUCGCGUCUGGAUAUCCUUCAGCUACGUUAACGAAGACACCAGUAGACAAGAGGAAUGUGCCAAUUGCUCCAGCUCCUGAAAAAAAUUACGUCACACAUGAUACUCCACCAAAUUUACAAUACAGGAAGAAGGUGCACUUCAGAACAAACCCUUACACUGGACCCCAGGCUGCAUCGAUCGCAAGACGAAACGCUCGCGAACGUAAUCGUGUUAAGCAAGUGAAUGAUGGAUUUAAUGCUCUACGCCGACACUUGCCUGCGUCUGUUGUUGCCGCAUUGUCUGGUGGUGCACGGAGAGGAUCGGGAAAGAAAUUAAGCAAAGUCGACACACUGAGGAUGGUAGUAGAAUACAUUAGAUAUCUGCAACAAUUGCUUGAAGAAAGUGACGCAGCUUUAGGAAUUACCCGAGACCAGGAAAAUAGAGAAAAUAUUCCUAAUGGAAACACACUACAGUCUAUGACGACAAUGGACAUGGAUGAUGGAUUCUUCUAUGGCGGAGAAUCACCUUGUUCAGAGAAGCCGGACUCUCCUGCGCCCUCCGAAUGUUCAUCAGGGGUGUCGUCGGCAUACUCAGCUGAUCGGUACGAGGUCACGACGGCGACACAACAACAGCUCGGUCCUAUGGAUGAGGACGAGCUACUAGACGUCAUCUCAUGGUGGCAACAAAAAUAA